GCAGUGGAGAGCCCGCCCCCUUCGGGACCCCACGCUGCCGGAAGCGGAAAUAGCGCCCGGCGUCUCCAGAGUAGCUGUAACUGCCACCGCGAUGCCGAAGGGACCCAAGCAGCAGGCGCCGGAACCCGAAUGGAUCGGGGAUGGGGAGAGUACGAGCCCCACAGACAGAGUGGUGAAGAAGGGGAAGAAGGACAAAAAGACCAAAAAAACGUUCUUUGAGGAGCUAGCUGUAGAAGACAAACAGGCUGGGGAAGAAGAGAAAGUGCUCAAGGAGAAGGAGCAACAGCAACAGCAGCAGCAAAAAAAGAAACGAGACACCCGAAAAGGCCGGCGGAAGAAGGAUGUGGAUGAUGAUGGAGAAGAGAAAGAGCUCAUGGAGCGUCUUAAGAAACUCUCUGUGCCAGCCAGUGAUGAGGAGGAUGAGGUCCCUGCCCCCAUACCCCGAGGAGGGAAGAAAACUAAGGCUGGUAAUGUUUUUGCAGCCCUGAUUCAGGAUCAGAGUGAGGGUGAGGAGGAAGAAGAAAAACAUCCUCCUAAGCCUGCCAAGCUGGAGAAGAAUCGGAUCAAUAAGGCUGUAUCUGAGGAACAACAGCCUGGGCUGAAGGGCAGAAAGGGCAAGGAAGAGAAGUCAAAGGGGAAGGCCAAGCCUCACAGUAAAUUUGCCGCUCUGGACAAUGAAGAGGAGGAGGAGGAAGAAGAAGAAAUAACAAAAGAGAAGGAGCCACCCAGACAGGGGAAGGAGAAGGCCAAGAAAGCAGAGCAGGGUUCAGAGGAAGAAGAAGAGGAAGAAGAGGAAGGGGAGUCUAAGGCUGAUGAUCCUUAUGCUCACCUUAGCAAAAAGGAGAAGAAAAAGCUAAAGAAACAGAUGGAGUACGAGCGCCAGGUGGCUUCAUUAAAAGCAGCCAAUGCUGCUGAAAAUGAUUUCUCCGUGUCCCAAGCAGAGAUGUCCUCCCGCCAAGCCAUGUUAGAAAAUGCAUCUGACAUUAAGCUGGAAAAGUUCAGCAUCUCGGCCCACGGCAAGGAGUUAUUUGUCAACGCAGACCUGUACAUUGUAGCUGGCCGCCGCUACGGACUCGUGGGGCCCAAUGGCAAGGGCAAGACCACUCUCCUCAAGCAUAUCGCCAACCGGGCCUUGAGCAUCCCUCCCAACAUCGACGUGCUGCUGUGUGAGCAGGAGGUGGUAGCAGAUGAGACACCAGCUGUGCAGGCUGUUCUUCGAGCCGACACCAAGCGAUUGAAGCUGCUGGAAGAGGAGCGACGGCUCCAGGGGCAGCUGGAGCAGGGAGACGACACAGCUGCUGAGAGGCUAGAGAAGGUGUAUGAGGAAUUGCGGGCGACCGGGGCAGCAGCUGCAGAGGCCAAAGCCCGGCGGAUCCUGGCUGGUCUGGGCUUCGACCCUGAAAUGCAGAAUCGGCCCACACAGAAGUUCUCGGGGGGUUGGCGCAUGCGUGUCUCCCUGGCCAGGGCGCUGUUCAUGGAACCCACGCUGCUGAUGUUGGAUGAGCCCACUAACCACCUGGACCUCAAUGCUGUCAUCUGGCUCAAUAACUACCUCCAGGGCUGGCGGAAGACAUUGCUCAUCGUCUCCCAUGACCAGGGCUUCCUGGAUGAUGUCUGCACCGAUAUUAUCCAUCUUGAUGCCCAGCGGCUCCAUUACUAUCGGGGCAAUUACAUGACCUUCAAGAAGAUGUAUCAGCAGAAGCAGAAAGAACUGCUGAAGCAGUACGAGAAGCAGGAGAAAAAGCUGAAGGAGCUAAAGGCAGGCGGCAAGUCCACCAAGCAGGCGGAAAAGCAGACAAAGGAAGCCCUGACUCGAAAGCAGCAGAAAUGCCGGAGGAAAAACCAGGAUGAGGAAUCACAAGAGGCUCCGGAGCUCCUGAAGCGCCCCAAGGAGUACACUGUGCGCUUCACUUUCCCCAACCCCCCGCCGCUCAGCCCUCCUGUGCUGGGUCUGCACGGUGUCACGUUUGGUUAUGAGGGGCAGAAACCACUCUUCAAGAAUCUGGAUUUUGGCAUUGACAUGGACUCCAGGAUCUGCAUCGUGGGCCCCAACGGCGUGGGGAAGAGCACCCUGCUCCUGCUGCUGACAGGCAAGCUGACCCCAACUCGUGGAGAAAUGAGAAAGAACCACCGGCUGGUAAGUUGGCUUUGGAAAUUAAGGAAUAAAGAAUCUGAGAGAGGAAGUAUGAUUUUCACAGACCACCUCCCCUCUCUUGGGCAGAAAAUUGGCUUCUUCAACCAGCAGUACGCAGAGCAGCUGCGCAUGGAGGAGACGCCCACUGAGUAUCUGCAGCGGGGCUUCAACCUGCCCUACCAGGAUGCCCGGAAGUGCCUGGGCCGCUUUGGCCUUGAGAGUCACGCCCACACCAUCCAGAUCUGCAAACUCUCUGGUGGGCAGAAAGCCCGAGUUGUGUUUGCUGAGCUGGCUUGUCGGGAGCCUGAUGUCCUCAUCUUGGAUGAACCCACCAAUAACUUGGACAUCGAGUCUAUUGAUGCUCUCGGGGAAGCCAUCAAUGAAUACAAGGGCGCUGUGAUUGUUGUCAGCCACGAUGCCCGACUCAUCACAGAAACCAACUGCCAACUGUGGGUGGUGGAGGAGCAGAGUGUUAGCCAGAUCGAUGGUGACUUCGAGGACUAUAAGCGGGAAGUGUUGGAGGCCCUGGGCGAAGUCAUGGUCAACAGACCCCGAGAGUGAGUUUUCCUUCUUGGAAGUCUCCUGAACGACAAGCUUGCGUGGCCUACAAGUCCCCUGUUGUCUCCCUUUCUCCGCUUGGACACCUUCCUCUGGUCUGCAGCUGACCCAGCAGCCACUCAGGCACAGGAAGGCGGAGCAUGAUCUUGAUGUGACCAGGGUACCACUUUGAUCGGUUCCUUGUCUCUGAAAGACCAGUCUGUUUCAGUUUUCUUCAGAUAACUAAGCUAGCCUUAUCACUGACGUCCCUCCGUAUACACAGAGGUGACCUGCAUUGUGUAGGCCUCAUCCAGCCAAGCUUAAGUAGCCAGUUGUCUCGAGAUGCUUUUAUCAUUAAGAACCCUGCCUCUGGUCCACCUGAAAGCUUCAGGCCCAGCUGGCCUCCUGGUCUUUGAGCGGCGCUGCCCAUUUCUGGUGGAUUUAAUGUUGACUCACGGACACCGACAGCUGUUUCAGUGCAGUGCUGGAGGCAGGUUCUGAGGCCUGUGCUAUUACUCAGCCCAGGGUUUGGUGCCUGCAGUCACUUGUCCAGUUGGGGACUUGGGGGCAGGAAAGAAUUGCCACUCAACUUGAAUCUCCCUUUACAAGGGGAAGAAAUAAAGGAGUUGUUGCCACCCUA